AGAGUUGUUGCCCUGGUAUUUUAUGGCCGGCGAGAAUUUGUGUCAAUUCUCAACCACUACUUGAAGAGAAACUUGAAAGAAAAUGGAGGAUUGCUCGACGAGGUAAUUUUCGCUGUCAAAACCGACAACAGAGACGACAUCGGCUAUGUCCAGGAGCUCGUUGCAAGCACCCCAGCUUAUUCACAGCAAACUAUAACGACAGAGCAAGGCAAAUACAACUGGAGUCACUGGACCGGGAGUUGGUCUGUUGUGUCCGAGCCAGAGAGCAUAUACAUCAAGAUAGAUGAUGAUGUGAUUUUCUUUGAUGAUUGCACAAUUCCUGCUCUCGUCAAGCGUCUUUUAGAGGACCAGCAGUACUUUGCAGUCUCUGCCAACGUCGUAAAUGGAGGCGCCAUCUCCGGUGUACACUAUCACAUGGGUGUUUACGAGCCAUACUGGCCGGAAGUAAAAUGCCCUCCGCAAGACUCGACAACGACAACAACAGGAAGCGGAAGCUCAAAGAAGAGCACCUGGCGACUCUCGGAGCUUCCUGAAUAUCAGGGGCCUAUCGACGGCCCGCCUGGCUUCCGCAUAGACGGCUCAACACCAGCCCCGUAUCAAGGUCAUCGUUGGCUUCAUGUUUCCACGAGCCAAGGAAAGGCGUUCGACCCAUCACUCUUCCCUUGUUCUACUUUGGGUCUCACGGUCAGAGGCCCAAACACGACAAACUGGGCUGCAGCCGCACAAGCACAUUACUCCCUGCUCCACCACCUAGAGACAAGUAAUACUUCGCAGUACAGAUUCGGCAUCUGGGACUUUAUGUACGAGCGAUGCUCAAUCAACUUCAUAGCCAUUCGCGGACGCGACAUACUAGACGCCUUUCCUUUUCCCAUUGGUGACGAUGAGGAGUUUCUGACCAGAGUCAGGCCAAAGGAGCUAGGUAGACGUGUUGUUGUGGAUGGUGCUGGACUGGUGGCACACUUUGCAUUUACAGAACAGAGAACUGCCAAUAACGGUGCAGCUUUGAUGUGGACCGACUUGCUUGCUAGAUAUCGGGCCUAUGCC